UAUUUAUUUAUAUAUUUAUGAAUAUUCUUAUUUAAUUUAGGACGGACUCACAAGACAAUUUCUUGAAUGGGUCUGGAUAAGUGUCUUUUAAUCGGUUUCGAACUCGGAAAUCCUCAAAACCCCCGAGAUCACCCAAAAUACGUCAGUCAUCGUCUCCUCUAAAAUUCAAUAGGAUAGAUGGCAGAUGGAAGUGUCCCCAAUAUAAAGAAAUGGGUUGUGCUGUAUCCUGUUUACAUCAACUCCAAGAAAACCAUUGCUCAAGGCAGGCGAAUUUGCACUAGCAAAGCUUGCGAAAAUCCUACUUGUGUUGAGAUUGGUGAUUGCUGCAGCCAUCUCAAACUCCCUUUUGCCAUUGAGAUUGACAAAGCAUAUCCCCGUGAUUUCAUGCAAAUAGGGAGGGUGAGAGUUUUGCUGAAAAGGGGAGAUGGAACUUUGUAUAAUCCAGCCAUUCCUACCAGAAAACAGCUAAUGCUGCAUGUUGCUGAAUUGGUGCCUAGGCAUCCUGGGAGGACUAAGAAGCAGGAGCCUGCUUCUACGUCAAAUGCUGGAACAUCCAAGUCUGGGAAGGGUGGGAAGAAGAAGAGAUAAUAGCUCCAACGUUGGAAAUGCUGAGACCAUUAUCUCUCUGGCAGCUAAGCAUAGUAUCAAGUACUCAGGGAAAACAGAGGGUCUGUAUACAGGCUUCUUCGAAAUAGAUUUAAACUCUUGACGAGUUCAGAUAAUACGUUCUCUUUAGUUUGCAUGCGGUUGUUCGAACUCUAUUACUCUUUCUCAUGCCCAUUUGAGGAAUUUUUAUUCUUGAUGUUUUUCUACACAUCAGAUUCUUCAAAAGAAGCAAAAGUACUUUGAGAGGUUGGCCAACAAUAGACAAUUUGACUUCCGUAA